AUGAACAACGGAAGUCCGGCCUCGUCCCCGGUUUCUCAGGUGCCUCCGCACAUCGGCUCGGGUCCCAACUCCCCGGCGUUGGCCCCCAACAUGGACAACCCCGCCCCCGUCGACCCCGACGCCCCCAAAUACUUUUUCCAGGAGAAGUAUGCUCCGUUGAAUGUCAAGGGCAAUUUCUUGACGCUCUGUGCCUGUCCCAAGAAUGUUGAACUGGGCGAGUGGCUGGCCCACCAGAUCGUCGAACAAUACCGUUUGCUGCAUGGCAUGCUCCAGGUGAUUCAGGAAGUCAAUGGAGUGACCGGUCUUCCCAUCUGCAAUGAAAGCUCCUGUCCGACCAUGUCUGCUGGCCGGCUGACCUACACGUGGCUCGUGGACGGCCGUGCCGCCAAGAUCCCCGCCCCGAAAUUCAUCAACCGCGUGGAGAAAUGGGUCGUCGCCAAGAUCCAUGACAACCUGAUGUUUCCCACGGGGAAAGUCACCGGGAACCCCGACACCUUCGCGCUCAAUGAGAUCGCCGCGACGGACCCCUCUCACCCGUCGUCGGCGGGGGCGGGCGACGAGUGGAUCGGCAAGUCCAGUGGCUUCCCGCAGACGUUCUACAAGGACUGCCAAGGCAUCAUGAAGCAGAUGUUCCGCUGCUAUGCGCACCUCUACCACGCGCACUGGAUCCUGUUCUGGCACAUCUCGAAACACGACGUGCUCAACAUGUGCUUCGUCCACUUCGCCACCGUGGCCAAAUACUACAACCUCGUCUCCGACAAGGAGAUGGAGCCCAUGCAGCCUCUGAUCGACCUGUUCAUCAAGCAGCAACGGAUUCCUCCCGAGGCGCUCUCGGGUGGCCACUGGGCUCCGCAGGCCUCUAGCUGA